CGGAACUUGCGUCAGCAAAGUGCCUUCUGGGAGCGGCGAAAGGGCGAAGGUUUUCUCCGUCGCUUCCUCCGGGCAGGGUUCGGCUGAGCUCGCGCCGCUCUUCUCCGGCCGUCGCGAGAAGCUCGUCACCGCGUCGCGUCCUUUCUUCCCCUCUGUGCCUCAGCCGAGAGCGUGAGAAGGCCCUUUCCCCUCCCCUCCUUGGUUCGCUUUUGCCGCCGCCUGCGCGCCCGCUGCCGCCGCCGACGCCAUGCCGAAGAAUAAAGGUAAGGGAGGUAAAAACAGAAGGCGAGGUAAGAAUGAAAAUGAAUCAGAAAAAAGAGAACUGGUGUUCAAGGAAGAUGGACAAGAGUAUGCCCAAGUAAUCAAAAUGUUAGGGAAUGGCAGACUGGAGGCUUUAUGUUUUGAUGGCGUAAAAAGGUUAUGUCAUAUCAGAGGAAAAUUGAGAAAAAAGGUUUGGAUAAAUACGUCAGAUAUCAUUUUGGUGGGUUUAAGAGACUACCAGGAUAACAAGGCUGAUGUAAUUCUAAAGUACAAUGCAGAUGAAGCCAGAAGUCUGAAGGCAUAUGGAGAACUUCCAGAACAUGCCAAAAUUAAUGAAACUGAUACAUUUGGGCCUGGUGAUGAUGAUGAAAUCCAGUUUGAUGAUAUUGGCGACGAUGAUGAAGACAUUGAUGAUAUCUAAAUGGAUCAGAGAGGUAUACAUUCCAGCUUCCCACUUCAAGAUUUGUUUUCAAGUCCCUGUCUUUAAGAAGACUGAAACUGCGCAACAUUUGUAGUUACAGAAAACCAAUCUCUUCCCAAUGUUUAAGUAUUUAUAUUUCUUUAAAAACAGAUAAUGUUGGACUCACAAAGGUUAGAUAAAUUACAACUAUUUUUAUCUCUUUACCAUAGACUUUACAUCUGUGUGUAAAUACACCUAAUAUAAACUCCCACAUUUGCUUCAUCUGUUUUCACCAUUAAACCUCACUAAGCCUGAUUUUUGAAAUAAAAACCCUACUGUUGUAUAAUUAUCAUGGAUUUGGAUUACAUACCAGUUCAUAUUAGUGCACAAUCUGCCAGUGAAGUGUCUUUUCAUAGUGUCCUAUAAAGUCAAAGUCAACUUAUAAGAUAUUGAUAAUUGACAGAACAGAGCUCUUCAUUAAAAUUCAUAAUAGCUGAAUCUGCUAAGUUUUAGUUGAAUAUUAUUUUUAUACUGGUUUUGAUAUUGAAUUUUCUCUUUUUCACAGAUGAAUUUGCCAUAGUGGAGAGAAAAUAAAAUUUAAAAAUAUUGUGUAUGUUUGAAUAGCUAUUCUGUAUAAGGUAGUGAUAAUGCUGAAGGUAAACACUGGGUGGCACCAAAUGUAAGUUAUUCAUUAAUUUGAAAGACCUGGACUCUUCUCUUGUUAAUUAACCAUUUUAAAAGGUGUCUUUGCUCAUAAAAAUAAAUAUGCAAUUUUUGUAUUUCUACAUAAGGGCUGGGUCCAGAGUUCUCACAGGAAGAAGGAAGAGGUGAUUUUCACUGAUUCUCUUCCACCCGAUGCCUCCUGAAAAACUGCUGCAGAGUGGCAUUGGUCUGGGCAGCACUGGGGACUGGGUUGGAAUAGGAGCCCCACUGGGGGAAAAAAAUCCCUUUCAUUUCUGGGAGGGAAGCUUAGAUCUGGCCCACUUAGCCUAUUCUCAGAUGACAAAAAAUGUUUCAUCUAUUUUAUUUUAAUGUUAAAUUCCAUAUUUUAUGACAAGAAACGAUUUUAAAAGGGAUGAAUAUAAGAUAUUAAAGAAAGGGGAGCCUCUGGAAAAUCCAUAUGUAGGCCAUGGUCCUUCUGUGUGCCUCCUCUCAGCUUCUGCCUCUCCUUCUACUGCAGGGAGGAUUCCCAGUGCUUCACUCGCACCCACACCCUUCCUUAUCUAGGAGGGUAUGGGAUCAGUGAAUCUGGUUUCCAACGUGAGUAGUACACAUGGGAGAGUCGAUACUAUUCCUGCCCCAUAACUUUCCAAUCCAGAAAGGCACAAGAGGUGAAGCUGUAUUCAUGCCUGAAAUGCAGGCUGGAGCGGCUCCAGCUGAAUAUUGCCAAAGGAUAGGCCCAGAACCUAUGGUCCUCUGACCCUCAAAGUGCACGUUCUGCUGUCCAUGACUUCCCCACCACUCCAUGUUGAGGUGCAGUUGGAUAAAGGCUUUUCUUUAUUCUGAACUGGAGCAUAUCAGUAAGAGUUCUGAAAAAUCCAUCUGAAAGUGAACAGACCUAUGAAAUUAGCAUUUCUAGUUGGAGUGAGAGAGACACAUCCAAAUAUUUCACUGAGGACUAACAUAGGCUUAUAUGUAUUUCAAGGUUCAGACUGAGUUCAUGUCUAUUUAAGUGUCUUGCAUUCUCUGUUUUAAUGAAGAAUUUUGCUAUUAAUGAACUUACUGGUUAUAAUAAUUUCCAUAUGAAAGCUGAAUUCUGCUAUUUUGUGGUGAGGUUUUUUUAAAAAAACAGAAACAAUCACUUCAGAAGCUGAAGUGAUUGAGCCACAUUUAUUUUCAAUUACCUGUGUAUACCACAGUUGGAUUACCCAAGAGAUACUUAGUUUCAAAGCUGGUGGUGCUAUUAGGUACUAAAAUUCUUAUAUUGUGGGCCUUCUCAGUAUUUCAUAUCAAAUGAUGGGAACUGUGAUAUUGCUAUGGAUUUUAUCAUUUGUAAAUCAGAGACUAAAGGUAAUUAAUUCAGAGUCUGCCUUCUUUGUUGUGUGUGGCAUAUGGCUUCUUGAUCUCUCUACAACAGAAGUUUAGAGAUGAGAAAUUGCUUGAAGCUUAUACUGUUUAAAAGAAUUUUUUUAAUCAUAUUGAAUAAACAAGUAUUCACUCCAACAGCACUAUAGCACAAUACUUAGUUGGAAAAAUUCAGAAGACAUGAGAGGCUGGUACUGGAUAUUUUAUUUCUGACAAAGUUUCUACUAAUGCUAAGAUACAAGAAACAGGCUGAUAAUAUGCAGAAAUAUUUAACAACAAACUUUUUUUAAAAAGGAUAUGCGUUUUAUUUAAGUUGUGAAAGUACUGGAAAUUGAACUUUAGACCUAUGUGAAACACAUGCUUUAUUAUUGAUUUGUGCACUUUCCUAACUUAGGCUCCCACUUCUGCCUGUUGCUUGAGUGAUUUCUAGUGUGGAGCAAGGCCUUUAUAUCCGUGCAUCUUUAAAACAUGUUUAUCAAGCCUCUCCUAGAAGGAUCUUAACAGGGAACCAAGUGAAAAAAAUGUCAUUUUAUCUUUGUGGCAGCAUCAGAUUAGCAGGGGGAGCUGAGAGAAUGCCAGCAGCCUCAGACUGGCAGUGAGCUUCAUGGCUCAGUAUGGCUUUGCAUCUGCAUCCCACUGGCUCUUGGGCUUUGUCUCUAAUGCAAGUGGCACAAUUUCUGUUAAAUUGUGCUCAUUAAUUCCAGUCACCCUUAGGCUAGAUUGCUUUGAGUCGGGCUGUAAAUUAGUCUUUCUCAUCAUUAGACAAGAUACAUUUGUGCAUGUAUUAACUUCUGAAAGUAUUUUGAUUUUAAAGGGCAUGAAUACAAGAUACUACAUUGUUUCUUAGUUUAAAAAAAGCUGGUGCCAUGUAAUAAUGCAGUAUGCUGGUCAUGUAUAGUUAACAAACUAUGUACCUAAAUAAAGUUGUUUAUGAUGGCUUAAUUAAAAAGACAUGAAACAUGG